CCUUGGAAGCGAAACUGACUGUAUCUGACAGUUUUAUACAUUUUAGGGAGACAGGAGACAUCAAUCAACAUAUGUAAGAUGAACACUGGUUCGUUCCGGUACAACCUGAAGCAAAAGUGGGUCAACUCGAAGCCAGGAGGGGGCUUCCAGGUCACAGACAAGUAUUCUCCUUGGUUCCCGGAAUAUGGAGCCAUGAAUGUAAAAGAUUGGGACAAGGUCGGAUCAGACUUAAAACGAGCACAAGAGGGCCACAAUAUUCCCGUCUCUGCUUGGUCUGUAUGGUCGGCAGUUAAAACAGCACUGGAGCCCUUGCACACUGAGGAGGAGAAGGAGGAGUUCCAGGAUGACAUAGGAAAGUUGAAUAAUCAGGAGUCUAAUUAUCAGCUAAGCGAACCAUGACAGUCUCAUUUUAAAAAGGGCGAGAAACGGGAAGGUAUGUAUGCUAAUCUCCAGAAACUUAUAAAAGAAACAGGGCCACCUACUGCGCCUUUAGGGGAAGGUCUGGAAUGGCCACCCCCAGGUCAGCCUUAGGAAUUUUUGGAAGGGGAGCCUGACAGGCGCCUUGGGGAUCCCAUUGUUGCAGGCCCGGCCAGUAACUAUGGCAAAGGGAAGCUUCCAUCCAUCCAUCAUCCAUCCAUCCAUCAACUAUCCAUCCAUCAUCCAUCCAUCCAUCA